UCCCGUAUUUUGGGUCUCAUUGGCGAGGAGCGAGAUUGUUCGUCUUCGUUGGAGUUUCGAAUUUUGAGUGGUUUUUGAAGGAAAAAAAUUGAAUUUUUAGCUCUGAAGUUUGAAUCUUAUCAAUGGAUGCAAAUUUGGAGCCAAUCCUUCAGGAAGGGAAGCUAAUUCGGCAGGUCAACGCCUUGAUCGUUGCUCAUCUUCGUGACAACAGUCUCAAUCAGGCUGCGAGUGCGGUGGCUUUGGCUACAAUGACACCAUUGAACACUGAAGCCCCUCCAAACAGGCUUCUUGAACUCGUUGCAAAGGGCCUUUCAGUGGAGAGAGAUGAAGUCGCAAAGGGCACACCUGCUUCUGGACUCUUUGCUGGAGCUGUUGCUGCAGGCCAUGCCUCAGUGCCCGUUCCUACUAAUGUUAUAGAUUUCAGUGAGACACAAGACAUGAAAGGGUCGUCUAAGAGUUUUCCAAAGCAUGAAAGCAGACAUGUUUCAGAACACAAGAAUGUUGCCAGGUGUGCAAGAUUUAGUCCUGAUGGGCGGUUCAUUGCAACUGGAAGUACAGACACAUCGAUCAAGUUAUUUGAGGUUUUAAAAAUAAAACAAAUGAUGCUUGCCGAUGCCAGGGAUGGGCCUGUGCGACCUGUGAUUAGGACAUUUUAUGAUCAUUCACAGCCAAUUAAUGAUUUGGAUUUCCACCCUCAAAGUCCUAUUCUGAUUUCUGGAGCAAAGGACUGUACGAUCAAGUUUUUUGAUUAUUCAAAGUCUGUUGCAAGGCGGGCUUAUAGAGUUAUUCAGGAUACCCAUAAUGUACGGUCUGUAUCUUUUCAUCCUUCUGGGGAGUUCCUCUUGGCAGGGACUGAUCAUCCUAUUCCUCAUUUGUAUGAUGUAAACACUUUCCAGUGUUACCUAUCAGCUAAUGCGCAAGAGCUGAAUGCUAAAGCUGCCAUCAACCAGGUACGAUAUUCAUGUACUGGCGGUGUGUAUGUGACAGCAUCAAAAGAUGGUUCUAUUCGUAUAUGGGAUGGGGCAACCGCACAGUGUGUCCGACCCAUCAUUGGGGCACAUGGUUUGAAUGAGGCCACCAGUGCUUGUUUUACCAAGGAUCAGAGGUUUGUUCUUUCAUGUGGAAAAGAUUCUACUGUGAAGUUGUGGGAAGUCGGCACUGGAAGACUAGUUAAGCAA